UCGCUUCCCGCGCUCUUUAUCUUGCUGGUUUUUAGCAAAACUGCGAACAAGCAGUGACAGAUGCCCGACGAACCAGUAGACAUUUAUGACAUUUAUAGUGAUUCACUCGGUUUAUUCGGAGAAUCUUCUGUAGCCCAAGGUACACCAGGAGAAUGCAUAGAGGUUAGAGGAUGCAAGGUCUGGCUUCCGGAUGUUGGAGGAGGUUCAGGAAAUAUCUCUCAUGUCCCAUUAUCUUUGGAACUCAUCACUCGUUAUGGCCGAAUACAUUCAGGAGGAAAAAUUCCAGAUGGCGAACAAGACAGUGUUAGAGCUCGGAUCAGGGGCAGGACUUCCUGGGAUACUGGCAGCCAAAAUGGGAGCAUCGGUCUGUUUGAGCGACUAUCCUGAUCCAGUCAUCACCGCUAAUCUUGCGCACAACGUGAAUGAAAAUUUCCACGACCCAGCUCGAUGUAAAGUCGUACCACACGCAUGGGGAACCGAUGUCAAGGACUUGUUGGAAAGCAACUCUGGAGCUCUUUUCGAUGUUAUUCUUUUAUCAGAUGUGGUAUGGAUUUCUGACCAGCAUAAGAAUUUGCUGGAAACCUGUACAAAAACGCUUUGUUCUCAUGGCAGAGUAUACUUGACUUGUGGCGUGCAUAGUGGUUGGCAAUGUGUGGAACGUUUUCUUCAAUUGGCACAUGAUUCAUUUGGUUUAGCUCACAAUCUCGUAGAACGAAGAACACACCAGUCCUGGGGAGCACAUGCUGCAGAGGCAAUCGAUGAUAUUGCGCUCAGAAACAGGACAAUCUUCGUUUAUGAAUUCUGGUAUAACAGAUGAUAGUACACAAAUAAAUGAUCUGUUGUAAAUUCGCGUGAUAUGGACAACCAUGCGGUAUACUGUUUAGAGCAAUGAGACAGAAGGAGAGGAACACAGUCGAUUCUUUUGACCUUCCUAACUCAGGUGGUAAGAGUUCAACACUAACCCAACCCAUCGAUCGGCUUCAUGUAGGAAAAUGUUCAACUUAAUUUUAGAGCGGUC